UGGGUCGCCCGGAGAUCGCAGCUACGCUUUUCGCGCCAAAACGAUUCAACCGAUUCACGUUCGCGCGACGUCAAACGCAACCACUUUAUAACCGGCAUUCUCUCUGCCCACAAGCGUCCUAUGAAUAUUUAAACAAUUCAACGAAUCAAUGGGCGAACUUCGUGGUUGCAUCGAACUUGAUUAUACAUUUCGUUGCUUCUAGACACCGAUGUAUAUAUUAUAGUAUGAUAUGUUUGUAAAAUGAAAAGUUUAUAAACAUGCACUUUCCGCGGUAUGAUUUGUGUAUGGCUUUUCUAAUUAUUUACGAUAUAGCCUCUUCUGAUGCGGCGGUCGACGAAUCAUUAUUCCCGCGUUUCGUGGAACCGGUGACAAAUGUCACGGUAACAGUUGGUCGUGACGCACUGCUGGCUUGCGUUGUUGAAGACUUGAGAAGUUACAAGGUCGCUUGGGUGCGGGUUGAUACUCAGACAAUCCUGAGUAUACACCACAACAUAAUAACACAGAACCCUCGCAUCAGCCUCUCGUACAACGACCACAGAUCCUGGUACCUGCACAUCAAGAACGUGCAGGAGGUGGACCGAGGCUGGUACAUGUGCCAGGUCAACACGGACCCCAUGAGGUCCAGGAAGGGAUACCUGCAAGUUGUUGUGCCGCCAAUAAUAAUAGACAACAUGACAUCGAGUGACAUGGUGGUACGCGAGGGUACGAACGUCACUAUGGUAUGUCGAGCGACCGGCUACCCGGAACCAUAUGUCAUGUGGAGACGCGAAGAUGGUCAAGAAUUCAACUGUAAUGGCGAGUCAGUUAAUGUAGUUGACGGAGAGAAUUUAACAAUAUCGAAAGUGUCGAGGCUCCAUAUGGGUGCCUAUCUGUGCAUCGCGUCCAAUGGAGUCCCGCCAUCUAUUAGCAAGCGAGUCGUUUUAAUGGUCCAGUUCCCGCCGAUGCUAUCGAUCCCGAAUCAGUUAGAGGCUGCGUAUAUAGGACAAGACGUCACUCUCGAAUGUCACACGGAGGCCUUCCCAUCCUCUAUAAAUUACUGGACUACGGACAGAGGAGACAUGAUCAUAUCAGGAAAUAAAUACAUGACCUCAUUAAGUGAUGAUGCCUAUAGCAGAAAGAUGAAAUUAACGAUCAAGCGUGUGUCGGCAAGGGAUUUCUCCUCAUACCGCUGUGUUGCGAAGAAUUCUUUGGGCGAGACAGACGGUCUUAUACGGCUUGAUGAAAUUCCCGCGCCAUCAACAAUAACAACGACGGUUAACAUCGUUCCCACAUUUCCACAAAGGAAAAAAGGUAAACACAGAAACAGGUGGCGAGAUAGUUCAGCUGACAACAGAGUGAUUGGGGAUUAUGAAGUUGAGGAAUGGAAAGACAUGGAUUAUGAAUCCACACAGUCUUCAGGGUUAUGUUCAUUGCACGGAAAUUUUCUAAUAACAGUUAUAGCUUUGUUAGUAAUCAGCUGACAUAAAUUGUUUUUACUAUAACUUUAGUGCCGACAGUAUUAAUGUUCAAUUAAAAGUAUUGUUACAUCGAAUGGUUUUAAUGUAUAUUAAUUAGAAAAAGUAUAAAUUUAAGUGCAUUUGUUCUUAUUUUGUUAGGGUCUAGACCUUCUUAGAAGAUUUCUUGUAUAUACAUUAAUAAACAAUUAGUAUUUCGUUCCGUACAAAUUGAAUAAUAAUAUUUUGUUUAUUAUCUUAUUUUAAGGCUGGGAACCGAACCCAUGGCCUUGAGGAAUCUAGCGGAGCUAGGUUAACUCUCUCGCACAAGAUCGCCAUAGUUUUAAUUCAGAAUUAGAAGCAUUUUUAAUUUAUUACAAACAUCAUACGAUUUUCUUUACAAAACUAUCAAAAUGACAGAUGACACAGCAUGUUAAAUGCAUUGGUGUACAAUUCAUAAAUUUCCGUACAAUUUAUAACUAGAUUGAAUAUUUGCUUCAACUGUAAAAGUUAGGGGUAUUUUGGUGAU